GCGCGAGACGUGUUCGCCUCAUCAGUCGAUCGCGGUGCGAGCGCUCGAAUACGCUCAGGUGUGCAUCGUCGCGUGUCGAACUAAAAAAUCCGACGUCGGCAGAGUCACGAGCCGCGAGAGAAUCGAACGGCCGGUCGGCCGGCGACAACAACCGAGUGAUCGUUAAAAAUAAUUAAAGACAACGUCGACACCUUGUGCCUGUGAGGAGAACGAAGCCGAGACGUCAGAAAUGCAAUCGCGGAUCAUCGGUACUUCGUUUGACAGCCAGUCGCCGCCGCAUUUCAUCGCGAGGAUGCUCAUUCUCGCGAUUGUCUGCGGCGAAUUCCUCCUGGGACAAGUCGACGCGCAGUAUCAUGAUGAUUCCGAUCACAUAGUCUUCCCCGGAGCAGUCGGCUCGAGAUCGAGGGACAGGACCCUUGAUAAUGAGAAUCCCGCGGGGGAUUCAGAUGACAGCGAUACGAUACCACUCGAUUUAGCUGCUAAAUUAAAUACGAUAGACUCGUUGGAGGAGUUUCUGCAGCUUCUUCACGGUGUUUCACAGCACGAAAAGGGUAUCACAUUUGCCAAUAGAUUCGGAGGUGAGGAACGAUCGAACGCAAUGAUACCAGUGCCAGCCAAGUGCAUGCCCGAGCUACAACUCGUUUCCCUAAAAGUGGACGACGAUCCUUCGACAUUCGUCUUCCCACUCUGCACACGGAUCAAAAGAUGUGGCGGUUGUUGCAUUAGUCCUCUGCUCUCGUGUCAGCCAACAGCUACAGAAAUGCGGAACUUCGAAGUGAUCGUGACGUCGCUGAUCGAUAUGGACUAUCGGGGACGACAAAUUGUGCCGGUGGAGGAGCACACUAAAUGCAAGUGCGAUUGCAAAAUCAAGGAAGAGCACUGCAAUGAUAAGCAACAUUACGAGCCGCACAACUGCAAGUGUGCCUGCAACAAUGUGGACGAGGAAGAGAAGUGCCGUAAGAACGAUACGAAGAUCUGGAACUCGACUCUCUGCGUUUGCACGUGUAGGAUCAUCGAGCCAUGCACCACUGGAUACUACUUCAACCCCAACACGUGCAGAUGUGGACCGAUAAUGUUGUCUAGACCAGUAAACAGGUUCGCGCCGACGAAUUACAAUUUCACUGACCGUCGACCAGAAAACAGGCGGACGGUGAUAAUCCCUUUGGACCCAUCGGAUCCCAGAAGAAAACAGAAGGAAGAUCCCGAAUACAAGUGACAAGAAUUCAGACGGACACGCGACGGAUUACAAGACUGCUAAAACGAUCUAUAAUUAAUUUGUUAAUUGUUUUAUUACAUAAAGACGAGACGCCUCAACAAUUCCAU